AUGGCUCGUAAUGAAGAGAAAGCUCAAUCGAUGCUCAACAGGUUCAUAACCAUGAAAGCCGACGAGAAAAAGAAGCCGAAAGAGCGUCGACCUUUCUUAGCCUCCGAAUGCCGGGACCUAGCCGACGCCGACAAGUGGCGUCAGCAAAUCAUGCGUGAAAUCGGCCGGAAAGUCGCCGAAAUCCAAAACGAGGGGUUGGGCGAACACCGUCUUCGUGAUCUCAACGAUGAAAUCAACAAACUAAUUCGCGAAAAGGUGCACUGGGAACGGCGAAUUGUUGAGUUAGGGGGGCAUAAUUACUCGAGAUAUUCAGCUAAAAUGACUGAUCUGGAAGGAAAUAUAGUCGAUGUUCCAAACCCUAGCGGACGUGGACCAGGGUAUAGAUACUUUGGGGCGGCGAAGAAGCUUCCUGGCGUGAAGGAGUUGUUUGAGAAGCCACCGGAGUUGAGAAAGCGAAGAAGCAGGUACGAUAUCUACAAAAGAAUUGAUGCAAGCUACUACGGGUACAGAGAUGAUGAAGAUGGGAUUUUGGAGAAAGUGGAGGGUGAGGCUGAGGAGAAUAUGAGGGCUGAGGCGGUGGCAGAGUGGAUGAGAAUGGAGGAGAUUAAGAAGGAGGCAAGGAGGGCAGUGAAGAGCGGAGAGGUGGCGGAGGUAGGUGGUGCAGCCAAGACCAUACUGUAUGAAGAGGAGGAGGAUGUGGUGGAGGAAGAGAGGAUGAAGGAGAGGGAGUUGGAAGAAAAAGAGAAAGAGAAAGAGUUUGUUGUACAUGUGCCAUUGCCUGAUGAGAAGGAGAUUGAAAGGAUGGUGUUGGAGAAGAAGAAGAAGGAUUUGUUGAGCAAGUAUGCAAGUGAGAAUCUUUUGGAAGAACAGAUUGAAGCUAAGGCAAUGCUCAAUAUUCAUCGGUAG